UGGGAAACAUAUUAAUCUAAAUGAAAAUCAAUCCACGGCAUGAUAGAAGGGAAAGUGAUUGAAUUAAUCUCAUCAUGAUUUAUGAAAGGAAAGAUCAUCCUUAUGCAAAUACAUGACUUUUAACUUUAAAGGAAAAAGUUUGGUAUAGCCAAAAAAAAAAGUUGGGUCCUUCGAUCGAAUAUUCUGAAUUAUUUAAAAUAUUUUUAUCAACCGAAUUAUAUUUUGUCUUCUCUCCAACAACCUUGUGGCAUUACAUAGAUGAUCAUUGCCUUGUCCAUUCUGCAACAACAUGACAUUGUAAAAAUCUCUAUUAGUGAUUCAUAUUCUAAGAACCACGUUUAUUAUAAACAUAGCCGUCUAAAAUGUCAAUAGGAUCGAUUCGUAUCAGUUCUUUUAAAAAGUUUAAAUUGAGAUUUUUAGAACAUAAUAAUUCAAAUACAGUAAAAAGGAAAACAAUUAAUAAAGAAAUAGAUGACCAACCAAAGUAAUCAUAUAAAAAGAAGAAACCAUUUUCUAUUUCUUUAGCUUCAAGCAUCUCCACAUCACUUCAUUACCACUUGAUCAAUAGAACAAAAGAAGAAAAAUAAAAAACAGAACACAACUCACAAGCCUCUUUGUCAAUGGCUGCUCAAAUCCCCAUAGGGACACGAGGAACUAUUGGAUCGCUUGUACGUAAAGAAAUCGACUACUUCAAAAACUUCAAUACAUGUCCCCAGUACGAUCCACGGAGAGGAUACUCUGAAGAAAACACUAAUGGUUUUGAACAAAGAGACCACUCAUCACGUCUGAGUUCUUGGUUCUCUAGAACAAACUGGAGAAAGAAGAAGAAGAAGAAGAAGCGGCAGAGUUGCGGUGGCGGUGGUAGGUUUUUGCCGAGUAUGUGCUCGGCGGUGGAGGUGUCCGGUGAGAAUCGGGUUCCCGGUUUCAACUAUAGGAUCUUGAAGAAUGAUGAGAAGGGCUUGCGUGUGUAGAGUAUUGUUUAUGUGGAUUAAGACUAAAGUUAAUUCAAUCCUGUACGGUCUGAUUCAAGAAUUCGGUUUCGGUUAUAUCCCGGUUUGAAAGAAAUUCCGCUCAGUAAUUAGUAUAAAUAUGCUUGAGAAUGUGAGAGGUUUACAAGACAAACAUGGAGGAUGGAGGCAGAGAAAUGAGUGAAUGUUUAGUAAACGUGCAUUUGUUGGUAGAUUGUCUUCAAUACAUAUAUAGUUUUGCUUCAACAAAUUGGUUUAUGUAGUGUAUAAUUACUUUAAGUAGUAAACCUUUUGCAGCCGCAGUUGAUUGUUCUUUAGUUUUGUUUCUA